UCUACUUUAGUUUCGAUUAACAAAAGUCUUUGGGCUUCUGUUCCCGGCGACAAUGUCCGACCAUGGAGAGGGUCCGGCGAUAGGGAUCGAUCUAGGAACGACGUACUCGUGCGUGGCAGUGUGGCAAAAUGAAAGAGUAGAGAUAAUAGUUAAUGAUCAGGGUAACAGGACCACUCCCUCCUAUGUUGCUUUCACUCCGAUAGAGCGCUUGGUAGGUGAUGCCGCCAAGAUCCAGGUCGCCAGGAACCCCACCGACUCCAUCUUCGAUGCGAAGCGAUUGAUUGGUAGGAGAUUCAGCGAUCCUUUAGUUCAGGAAGAUAUCAAGCUUUGGCCUUUCAAGGUCAUUUGUGGUCUUGAUGACAAACCUAUGAUCGUUGUCAACUAUAAGGGCGAAGAGAAGAAAUUUUCUGCGGAGGAAAUCUCAUCCAUGGUCCUUAGAAUGAUGCGUGAGAUUGCCGAAGCCUACCUGGGCACAACUGUGAAGAAUGCGGUUGUUACUGUCCCCGCCUACUUCAAUGACUCCCAGCGUAAGGCUACAAAGGAUGCUGGAGGCAUUGCUGGCCUGAAUGUCCUGCGUAUAAUCAAUGAACCAACUGCUGCAGCCAUUGCUUAUGGUCUAGACAAGAUUGCAGAUAGUAAUGGCAAGAGAAAUGUGUUGAUUUUUGAUUUGGGUGGUGGUACUGCAGAUGUCUCACUACUUACCAUUGAAAAGGGUGUCUUCCAAGUGAAGGCCGUUGCUGGAGACACUCACCUUGGAGGUGAGGACUUUGAUAACCGAGUAGUAAAGCACUUUGUUGAGAUAUUUAAGAGGCAACACAAGGUGGACAUUAGUGGGAAUUCCCGAGCUCUUAGGAGGUUGAGAACUGCUUGUGAGAAGGCAAAGAGGAUUCUUUCUUCUGCAAUUGAUACUACCGUUGAAGUCGAUGCUUUGUGUAAUGGUAUUGAUUUCUUUUCAACUAUUACCCGUGCCAAAUUUGCAGAACUCAAUAUGGAUUUAUUCAUGAAGUGCAUCGCUAUUGUGGAGAAGUGCUUGACUGAUGCUAAUAUGGAUAAGAGCUGCGUCCAUGCUGUUGUUCUUUCGGGUGGUUCUUCCCGAAUUCCAAAGGUGCAGCAGUUGUUGCAAGACUUCUUCGAUGGGAAGGAGCUUUGCAAGAGUCUUCAUCCGGAUGAGGCUGUUGCUUAUGGAGCAGCUGUUCAAGCUGCGAUCUUGACCAAUAUGAGAAAUGAGAAACUGCAAGACAUCGUGCUCUUAGAUGUCACCCCUCUUUCCCUUGGUGUAAAAGCUAAUGGAAUGGAUAUGAAUAUUAUGAUUCCAAGGAAUACCGCCAUUCCUACUGAGAAGAAGAGGUACUACACCACUAGCGCUGACAACCAAACUUCUGUAUUGAUCUCUGUUUACGAGGGUGAAAGAGCAAGAACUUGUGAUAACAACUUGUUGGGACGAUUUAAGCUUCCUAAUAUUCCUCCAGCACCCAAGGGUGUUGUUAAAAUAAACGUUUGUUUUAAUAUUGACACUAAUGGUAUCUUGAAUGUUUCUGCUAAGGAGAUGACCACUGGUGUAAUGAGGAAUAUCACCAUCACUAAUGAUGAGUCAAGACUGUCCAGCGAAGAGAUUAACAGGAUGGUCCAGGAUGCAGAGAUAUACAAGGCCGAAGAUGAUGAACACAGGAAGAAGGUCAAGGCUAAGGAAGCUUUGGAGAACUAUACCUACAACAUGAGGAAUACUAUCAAUGAUGAGAAGAUUGGUGCCAAGCUUUCCCGUAGAGGUAAGAAAAAAAUUAAAGAUGCUAUUCAACAGGUGAUUGAGUGGUUAGAUGGCCUCCAGCUCGUGGAAUCAGAAGAGUAUGCGGACAAGCUGGAAACGCUCAAGAGCAUCUGCAAUCCCAUCAUGGAGAGAAUUUAUAGAUUAAAUUGAGCAGAAUCUCUCAACGGUGCAGCAUAUGUAAGGGUGCAAACCAUGUUACUAGUGUGACUAUUUCGACUUUGUUUGUCCAAACCUUUAACUCAAUUAUUUUCUUGCUAGUUAUUAGUAAUUUGUCCUUGGUUUGAAAUUUAUUACUUAAUUUAUGGUUUGUCAUUUUUAUGUCCACUGAUAAGGUUGAGCCUCAACCUGUCUAGCUUGGAUGUGGAUUUAUCCUCGUAAAAGCCACAGUUUGUUUGGAUUUUAGAGUCUUAGAUUAGAUUAAGAAGCCAUGUGAAUUGAUAAAGGGUUAGCUCUGACUCUGUUCAUGGAGAGGAUAAAUUGCC